AUGUCCGCCACGUCGACAAACAGCUGGCUCAAGGCCCAGCGCAAGAGCGACCUCGUUGAGCUCGCCGAUAAUGUCGGCUUGAAGAACUACGAGAGCCUCAAGAAGAGCGAUCUCGAGUCCGCACUCGACGAGUUCAUCGCCGAGCACACGACGCGCUUCUCCAACCGUCCCGAUCUGCAGGGCUACUUCAACUCGCGCUCCAAGGCGCUUGGCUCCCCCGUUAAGAAGGAACGCGAGUCUCUGAAGGAUGAGGCCGAGAAGGCGCUCAAGGUUGCCAAGCGACGAGUUACCAAGGUCGCCGAAGAGCUGACGUCCGACGACGAUCGCCGCUCCGCUUCUUCCUCUGCGGUCGCGCGCACGCCCGCGCGCAGCCUGUCCCAGGUCGCCGCGCGUAUUCCCCUGCCCGCGACCCCUGCAGACGUCGCCAACGCCGUCGACAGGUCCACUGUCGCCAUGCGGAAGCGCGUCUCCUCCAUUUACCAGGAGAGCGGCAUCACUGAGGCGUCGCAAGCUACGCGCGAGACCCUUAGCACCGUCACCAGCGUUCUGUUCUGCGUCUCGGCCUUUGAGCUGUACUUCAUCCGUCCCGAGAUCCUCGCCAACCGUUAUGCCUUUACCGUGCCCGCCGUCGGCCUGCUGGGCACCCCGGAUUACCCAGUCUACCUGCCCGACAUGUUCCUGCUCCUGACGGCGAGCUUCUGGUCUCCGGCCUUGACCUGGGCCUUCACCAGCGUCGUUCUGCCCAGCCUCUUUGGCUACUUCUUCAACCUGAGCGCCUCCAGCACCCCCGGCCCGCGAACCCGCUCCAAGGCGCAUCAGCCCGAGAACGUCGUCGACCCCCUGACUUUCAGCAUCGUCAAGGCACUUGUGUCGUACGUCGUGUACGCCCAGGGCGUCACUUUUGGUGGCCUUCUUAACGAGACGUCGAUUGAGCGCCUCAACACGGCUGUCUACGGCGGGUACAAGGGUGUCCUUGUCGGCACUGCCGUCACCGGCAUCGUCAGCAUCUACGACGCGGUGCUGAGAAAGUAA